AUGCGCUGGAUCAAGUCACUGCUAUGGCUCUCUGCAGUAACAGUGGCCCAGUCCACCGAGGGCAUCUCCAAUCUUGUUAAGCGACGAUUGCCAGAUCAUGUUGAUGAUUUUCAUUUUACUUUGGAUACUAAUCUCGCGGGAGACUAUGAUUCUUAUGUUGUGAGCAACGCUCCAGAUGGGACGAUUUCAGUCAAGGGAACUUCUCUAAGCGCAUUAUCCUCGGGUUUGCAUCGAUACCUCAGCGAUGUCGCCCAUGUUGACAUUUACUGGUUUAUUGGCAGUCGGCUGCAUGUCGCGCCAUCCACGUUACCUCGUCUAGACAGGCCAAUUCAUGGCUCCAGUACUGUCCCUUGGCGAUAUCAUUUCAACACAGUAACCUUUUCCUACACCACCGCCUUCUGGACAUGGGAGGAUUGGGAAUCACAGCUCGAUUGGAUGGCCCUGCGCGGUGUGAAUCUACCCCUUGCUUGGGUUGGCCAAGAGAAGAUUAUUCUCGAGGUCUUUCGUGAACUCGGCCUGGCUGAUGCCGAGAUCACCACCUUCUUCAGCGGUCCAGCCUUUCAGGCCUGGAAUCGGUUUGGCAAUAUCCAGGGCUCCUGGCACGGUGAUCUUCCUGAGACAUGGAUCGAUCAACAAUUCGAUCUGCAAAAGAAAAUCAUUCAUCGCAUGGUAGAACUGGGGAUGACCCCUGUAUUACCAUCCUUCUCUGGGUUCGUUCCUGCCAAUAUAUCUCGUGUUUUGCCAAAUGCCAAGGUGGUUCGAGGGUCACAAUGGGGCGGUUUCCCCGUACAAUACACAAACGACACAUUCCUUGAGCCAUUCGAUGACAACUUUGCAAGACUCCAAGUCAGUUUUAUCAGCAAGCAACAAAAAGCCUAUGGUAAUGUCAGUCACAUCUACACCCUCGAUCAGUAUAACGAGAUCGACCCUUACUCAGGUGACAUGGACUAUUUGCGUAACGUCACUCGCAACACCUGGCGCAGCUUAAAACAGGCUGAUCCUGAUGCCGUGUGGAUGAUGCAAGGCUGGCUUUUCUAUGCCAACUCCGAUUUUUGGACUGAUGAGCGAGUGGAAGCCUAUCUGUCUGGGGUAGACUCAAACGAGGAUAUGUUGAUCUUGGAUCUUUUCUCCGAGUCAAUUCCAGAGUGGCGCCGAACAAACAGUUACUAUGGAAAAUCUUGGAUUUGGUGCCAGUUGCACAACUUUGGAGGCAGCAUGGGCCUAUACGGGCAAAUCCAAAACCUGACCCAAAAUGCUACCGAAGCCCUAAUCGAGUCUCCAUCCAUGGUCGGAUAUGGUCUCAGCAUGGAGGGCCAAGAGGGAAACGAGAUAGUGUAUGACUUGCUUCUGGAUCAGGCGUGGUCUCGGGCCCCAUUGGAUACACAGCAGUACUUUCACAAUUGGGUGACAAGCCGAUAUUCUGGCCAGAAACGCAUCCCGCACGGGCUCUACAAGGCCUGGGAUCUAAUGCGACAGACAGUGUAUAACAACACAAACAUCACAACUCUGGCCGUGGCAAAGUCCAUUGUUGAUAUUGAGCCCAAGCUUUGGAGUUUGGUUGAUAUUGUCGGUACACACGGCACAACUGUCAAUUACGAUCCAUCUAUACUGGUGCAAGCGUGGCAGCUGAUGUACCAAGCAACAAAAGAAGAACCCAGGCUAUGGUCCAAUCCGGCUUAUCAGCAUGACAUGGUUGACGUGACUCGUCAAGUCAUGGACAACGCUUUUAUUCCGAUGUACUCAGAUCUUGUUGAGUCCUACAACAACUCUCGUGCUACACACGCAGUUGCGCAGGGGGAGAACCUCCUCCAAAUGCUGGCAGAUCUGGACUCCAUCCUUCUCACAAAUCGAAAUUUCCGACUUUCGACGUGGAUUGACUCGGCACGGGCCUGGGCCAACGGUAACAAAACCGAGAUUGCAUUCUUGGAAUAUAACGCGCGUAAUCAGAUUACUCUCUGGGGGCCAAAUGGAGAGAUCUCUGAUUACGCUUCCAAGCAAUGGGGUGGGCUCGUUUCCUCAUACUACGUGCCCCGCUGGCGGAUAUUUAUCGAGUACCUAAAGUCAACACCGACCGUGUCAUACAACGCCACUGAGAUACAUGAAAGGAUACGAGAUUUUGAGUUGCGGUGGCAAGAUGAGACCUGGUCUGUUCCCGAGCCUACUACGGAGAUGGUGGAUUUGGCCAAAGUAUUGACAAGAGUCACUCACCAAUGGCCGGUUAUCUUUGGACUGGAAUAG